AUGCCAAUUCUCAAUGUGCCUUCUUUGAAAAUAUUCUCGAGUAAGGUAAAGACAACUCAUCUUGUAAUGGAAGUUGAUUCGAUUAGCCUCAAGAAUUGGACAGUUGAUAAUUUUAGACAAUGGCUUAUUGAAUCGGGUUAUGAUAAAUCAUCAGUUGUUGAUGUAAUUAUUAAACACAGAUUUGAUGGAGGUUCCAUUCUCAAUAUUAAAAUUGAAGAUUGGUUAGAGAUUGGCAUUCCGAAGGGAGCUUGCCUUUCUUUAAUAAGCAGAAUUGAUGAAUUGAAAACGAAACAAAUUCAGCUUGGAAUUUUACAGCUUUGUAAUCAACAGUCAACUAGCGUGACACUUCCUCCAUCUGUAAAUCCACCUUCAGCAAGAAGGCUCUCCAAUGCAACAAAACCAAAUAAUUAUCCAUCAGCAGAGGCCAAUAAGACAGAUAAUGAUUCGAAAGGAAUAGAACAAGCAAGACGAAAUUCAAAUGUUGGAAAGCCACUUCCAAUUCCACCUCCAAAAUCUGAAACAACUCUUCAAAUUCAAACAUUAUUGGUUCAGAAAUCGAGUCAAUAA